AUGCCAGUCCGUCAAUACUUGGGUUUCGAAUUGCUUAAGGCACCUCAAAAUGUAGAAUCUAUGUUAUUUGGUCCAAAAGUUAUCCAUAAAUCACAAAUAUUUGCAAAAAGUCGCCUGAGUUUUGCCUUUACAAAUAUAAAGCCUUUCGCACCUGGACAUUCGCUGGUGUCCCCCAUCCGAGUAGUUCCGAGGUAUAAAGAUCUUACGCCUGAGGAGAUCUACGAUUGGGGCUGUAUGGUUCAGGUCGUGGCUGAGUCCCUCGAGAAGAUGUAUAAUUGCACGUCUUCCUCAAUUAUAAUUCAAGAUGGAAAAGAAGCUGGACAGACGAUUCCUCAUCUCCAUGCACACAUUAUACCAAGAAAGGCAAAUGAUCUGGAAGACCCAGAUUCCAUAUAUGAAAGUGUCGACAAUGAAGAAGGUACACUAAGAACUAUGGAAGAAAUGGAGAAAACCGCCGCUGAAACUGAAAAGUUUGUCAAAAUGGUUUUGGAAUCUAAGUGUGUUGGCUGUUUGAAUGAAUGA